GCAGGUACCGGUUGUUGUGCACAAGUGUUUUUCUUAGGAAACUUUAAAAAAUGAGUGCUCCUACAGUAACAAUUGCCCAGGGCACUUUAUCAGGAAAGGUUCUGGUUAAUGAAAAUGGAAAAGAGUACCAUGGUUUUUGUGGAAUUCCAUAUGCUGCUGCUCCAGUUGGCAAAUUACGUUUCAGGCCUCCACAAAAACCAGAAUCAUGGAGUGGUGUUCGUCAAGCCACUGAACAAGGCAGUGAAUGUUCAUCGAAACAUAUGCUUUUGCAACACCCUAUAGGAACCGAAGAUUGUCUCUUUGCAAAUGUCUAUAUUCCCCAAACUGAUGCCAAAAAGCCUCUUCCUGUCAUGUUUUGGGUUCAUGGAGGAGGUUUUGUCAUGGGAUCAGGAAAUACUGACAUGUAUGGUCCUGAUUAUCUCAUGGACUACGAUGUUAUCCUGGUCACCUUCAACUAUCGUCUCGGAGUUCUGGGAUUUUUGAAUUUAGAUUUGGAAGAAUGUCCUGGAAAUGUCGGACUAAUGGAUCAGGUUGCUGCUCUCAAAUGGACAAAACAAAACAUUGCCAAGUUUGGUGGUGAUCCAAACAACAUUACUAUUUUUGGAGAAUCUGCUGGUGGUGCAAGCGUACAUUAUUUAGUUUUGUCUGAUACUACCAGAGGUUUGUUCCAAAAAGCGAUUGCCCAAAGUGGAAGUGCUUUAAAUCCAUGGGCUUUUCAACGUCACCACCUAAAGAAUGCCUUCAGAUUGUGUGACGCUCUCGGACAUCCAACUACAGAUACCAAGGAUGCCCUAAAAUUUUUGCAGACAGUUCCUGUAGAUGACUUUGUUAAUAUUAAAAUACCGCCACUAGUUGAUGGUCAAUUGGUGUCUGAUUUUGUGUUCGUGCCUUCCUUGGAAAAAAGAUAUUCAUCCCAUGAACCAUUUUUAGCUGAGUUACCUGUUGAAAAAAUGCUCAAAGGAGACUUCAACAAAGUGCCUUUUAUGACUGGCAUAACUGAUGCCGAAGGCAUCCUGGCUUUCAUGGAUUUUGCUAAAGAUCCUGCAGUUUUCGAUAAAUUCGAGAACGAUUUCGAAAGAUUCGUACCAACAGACUUACAACUGCCUUUAAGGUCAGAGGCUUCUGUAAAACUGGCUAAGGAGAUGAAGCAGUUCUACUUCAAAGACCAACCGGUAUCAGAAAAUACCAGAAAGGAAUUUGUGGAUGUCGUUACCGAUUGCUGGUUUGUAAGAGGAGUAAACGAUCAUGUUAAAUUGAUGAGUGCCAAGACAACUGAACCAAUUUAUUACUACGAGUACAACUUUGAUGAAUAUGGUUUUUUGAAAAAUCUGGUCGGCAUUCAAGAUGUAAAAGGAGCUUGUCAUGCAGAUGAAUUGGGAUAUUUAUUCAAAAAUGAAUUGUCACAGUUUCCAAAGGAAUUGGAGAGUGCGUUGGUGACACAGAAGAGGUUGUUGAGUUUGUGGACGAAUUUUGCCAAAACGGGGAAUCCUACUCCAUCAACAAGCAAUUUGUUACCAGUCAAAUGGUUACCAGCUACCAAGGACCAGCUGGUUUAUUUGUCAAUUGGUAAAAAUCUAGAAAUAAAAGUUAAUCCAAUGAAAGAACGUAUACAAUUCUGGGAACGAGCUACCAAGAAAGAAUAUUUGUCACGAGCUAUUGAGGGGAAGGAAAUGAUUAAUGAUAAUGGAAAGUCGUUUAGAGGAUUUUUGGGUAUACCUUAUGCUAAACCGCCUAUAGGAAAUCUUAGAUUUAAGCCUCCUCAAAAGCCUGAUGAUUGGAAUGAUGUUCGACCAGCUACUGAAGAAGCAAAUGGUUGUAGAUCGAAACAUAUGCUGCAGCAUCAUAUUAUUGUUUUUUCAGGAGACGAAGAUUGUCUAUACCUAAACGUAUAUGUUCCAUUGACUUCAAAAUUGGAGAAACUACCAGUAAUGUUCUGGAUCCAUGGUGGAGGUUUUAUUUCUGGUUCAUCACACAGUGAUAUGUAUGGUCCUGAUUAUUUCAUGGACUACGAUGUCAUACUUGUAACUUUCAAUUAUCGUUUGGGACCUCUUGGUUUUCUAAACCUAGAUCUGGAAGAUUGUCCUGGCAACGUUGGACUAAUGGACCAGGUUGCUGCUUUAAAAUGGACAAACGACAACAUUUCCCAAUUCCAUGGUGAUCCUGAAAACAUCACGGUUUUUGGUCAAUCUGCAGGAGCUGCAAGUGUGCACUACUUGAUGCUUUCUGAUACUACAAAAAAUCUUUUUCACAAAGCAAUUGCACAAAGUGGAAGUGCUUUAAAUCCGUGGGCUUUCCAAAAAAAUCACGUGCAAAAUGCUUUUGCAAUGUGCAGAGCCUUGGGUAAUUUUACCAGAAAUUUAAAAGAAGCCUUAGAGUUUCUUAGGAGCGUACCAGUUGAUGACAUGUUGAAAGCCAAGAUACCUCGGGCUGUUAAAAAUCAAAUUAUGACGGAUUUUGUUUACGUGCCAUCUUUGGAAAAGAAAUUUUCUACCCAUGAACCAUUUUUGACAGAAGCACCCUUGCAAAGAAUGUUGCAAGGAAAAUACCAUAAAGUCCCAUUCAUUACAGGAUUUAAUGAUGCCGAAGGCAUCUAUUCCUACACAGAAUUUUCUCAAAACUCAGACGCAUUCUCCAAACAUGAUGUCGAUUUUGAAAUGUUCGUUCCAUCAGACUUAUCGACAUCUUUAAGAUCACAAGCUUCUAUCAAAAUUGCCAAAAACAUGAAAGAAUUCUACUUCAGCAAUGAGCCAGUAUCAGCCAAAAACAUUGAUAACUUUGUCAAUAUCAUUACAGAUAUUUGGAACAUAAUCCGAUUUUUUAUUAUGAAUAUAUUUUUGAUGACUUUGGAUUUAUGA